AUGGAUGAUAGAGAUACACUCUGCUUUCUUGAAAUAUCAACACAAGAUCCAAUUCGCUUACGUUCAUCUAGCAAUAGUUUAAUUUUACCUUGUCAUGUUGCUCAUUUAAAACGUAAAAUAAAAAUUAAAUUAAUGAACUAUUUUUUUUAUUUUCAAAACUCAAUAAAUAUUAAAAUUUAUCCUGUAUAUACUCCUGUACGUCCAACAGUUCUUCGUUUUAUAACAAGUGCUGUACCAUAUUCAACAAAUUUUAACGAAACAGAUAUUACUGAUGUAUCAAUUUUAUUACGAUAUGUGAAUAUUGACGAUAGUGGGAUUUAUCGAUGUAUUAUCCGUCCACAAUUAUCAAGUCAUAAGAAUAAUAAUGAAGAUAAUCGUUUGGAAGAAAAUGCAAAUUUAUCAGCACUUAGUUACCGUGUUGAAUUAACUGCUACCGAUGCUGAAACAACACUUUUUACUUAUAUUGUUCGUUCUCUUGAUCUUCAAGGCAUCUCGGAGAAGACAAUGAAAGUUCCUGAAAAUAAAACAAUAAUAACAAAAGAAUCAGAAACAAAAACAAUAUUAAUAAAUCCUGAUAAAAUUAUUGCACAUGAUGAUUUAAAAUCCUCAACUAAUUGA